CUUUUAGUCCACUUAAAACUGUUGCUAUCCAUUGCUCGGAGGCACAUACUGUCACGACGGUCUUGCAGGUGUAUAUAAGGAGACCCAGCAGAGGCCAACUGUCGACAUCGCUCCCUCACCAGACCAGAGAAUCACAAACUUAACCACCCAAGUCCCCAACUAUCAACAUGAACGCGUUCUUCAGCUGCUUGAUCUUCAUCAGUGUACUCAAUCCGUUGUUAUCCAAUGGUUUAAAUCUCUCCGCCAAAGACGUGAAGAACUACAUGCGAACGUCUAACGUUGAAUUUUCUGCUAAUGAUGGCGAUUACCGGUGCUCUCAUUGCGAUGUAUUUGACGCCGAUGGUUGUGACGUGUCAGCUGGCGCUCAAGUCAAUACCAGACGAACCUGCGACCUGCAAUAUAAACCGCAGGCGGACGGAAUUUUUUGCGAGUCUACUUGCAUAGGGACCAAGAAUCCUUCUUCCGUUAGAUACAUCUGCAAAUCGCUAGUCUCCGGCACCGGUACUAAGGGUUGCACAAAUUGCAUGAAAAUUCCUUGAUGGCGGCGAGGCUUUUUUCAUGCUGGAUGAAUGCGCGAAGAAAUUAAGAACUGUAGAGCUG